UCUACUGCAGGAAGCUUCGAUUUCGCCUUCCAAGUCCUUGUGAGCAUUCAGCGCAAAGCGUUUCGUAAGCAGAAAAUGGAUUGGCUCGUUUCAACUCUCGGCGGCUCGGGGAACCCACAAAAUCGCCAGGGGGGCGUUGCCGACACUCCUGCAGUUCUUCAUCUUGACCGCACGGCGAUCUCAAUCCAAGGAGGCAGCACGCCGAGCCAGCAAGAUCAUCAUGGUGGAAAUGCAUCGUAUGUUUCCUCUCGCCAGUACCGUCUGCCCUUCGAGCGCUACCCGCAAAUCGCCUCGGAGUUGGAGGAGGCACUGGUCUCCGAGGCGGCGAAGCAGCCGCACCACGACCUGGCUGCGGCGCAGAAUCUGCUCAGGAAGUGGAUUGCGUCCUUGGUCCGACCGGCGGAGGACCUGGCGGCCAGCGCGGUAAGCCACCAAUUGCUUGGCAUCGUUUCGAAGAAGAACAAUCAGAUUGAUGAUGCGGGAUCAUCUCCAUCUGGAUCGGCUUCCAGCUAUCGCGCAUUGCAGCUUCACCUCGCCCAGCAACUGAUCGAUCAGCCCGCCUUUGCGAUCCAUGACAAACUGCAACCCAAGAAGAUUUUCAGCUUUCGGCAGAUUCUGCUACGGACGCAGGCGAUAGAGUUUUUAUUCUCCCACAUUGCUGGCCUAGACGCGGAAAGGACCGCUGUCGCUGGGGCCGCGUCAGGAAGUGGAGCAGGAGCUUUAAGUGGUGCGGGAACGGCGAGGCUGUCCCCACCACCGCCACCGGGACCGAACGGGAUGUCCACGACAAGUGGAAUCACGGUGAAGAAACUGUCCGCUACUCCAGCUUCAUCAACAUCCAGUUCUGUUUUCGCACCCGCGGCGCGUGCGGUGCAGUUGAAAGCGCCACCGAAACCGCCGCUCGGAGACAUGGUCUCUCCGACUGCGGACGUUGCCAGUUUUUCUUCCACCGGAGCAGCUGUGAUCACAAGCACGGACGCAACGGACGGCGGUUUUUUCGUGCCCACGCCGACGCGGCGGUCACCGACAGACGAACAAAAGGCGGAGGUGCCGACGAGAAGUGCAGACGCCGGACCAGUGGAGGUGGGACCAGCUGGUGAAAAAAUUCAUGCGACUGCCACGGCACAGGCACAGCAAAUGCAAAAGCAAACCGGAAACCCCUCAGCCUGGUCGCCUGGAAGGGAUCGACGAAGUGAUAUCUUUGGAGAUAGCGCAAAUUCCAGUAACCCAUUCGGGGACAGCGUUUUGUCGUCCACAAGCGCCGCCGGGUCAUCCUCAACCGGUAGUAGAGACAGGCGACGGACGUACAGCGAAGAAGAUGAUCUUCACUCCUCUGGAAACAUCAAGAACCACCCUCGAAGCGCGGAGACGUUGAAAGAAGGAGUCCCCGCGAGACCGUCCAGCUCUUCGCCUUUUGAAGACGACACGACAGAAAGCACCACGACGGCAGCUUCGAGUAUGACGGUUGCAGCUCCUGAUCGUGAGAAAGAAGCUGUUAACCUCGAAGCGCAGCUACUGGUCCAGGAGGACCAUUUUCCGGCAGUUCUGGAGCAGAAAAGCAGCAACUACCCGCCCGAAUUUCUCCAGACGUGCCUGGAGUUUUUCGAAUUGACGCUCCGGACGAACAGACUGAACGGCGUUCUGCUAGAGGCUUUGCAGCAAACCAAGCAGGCAGUGCAGGUUCUUUCCUGGCUGAAGGACUCGGAGCAAGACCAUUUAGGCGUGAUCGACUUUUCAGCGGCUUUUGCGGUGGAGCUGCAAGGUGGAAAUAAGGGUGCGGCUGGUGGGGCCCCCGCUGGUGGCACCGGCCAAACCUGCACCUUGCUGCGUCAGCGCGAUGCACCGCUGGUCGAGAAGGAAAUCAAAACCUUAGAGAUGCGACUGAGCGAAAUUUGCAGCUCAGUGGGAUCGAACGUGAAUCAGGACGGCAGUCCGCAAAAACUGUUGUCUUCUUCCGCUGUCGCGGGCGGAAGUAGGGGCAGGAGCUACAGUGGAGAUCAGUACAACAGUGAAAAUCUCCCAAACGCGUCGUCGAGGUACUAUCACCAAAAAGGAGGCUCAAGCUCCUCGACCAACCCUGCUGCAAUCACGAAUGGAUCAUCCGGAAAUUAUUCCGGAGGUGGUGGCUCCACCAGCAGUAACGUUAAGAGCAACGGGUCUUCUACAGCAGGAUCAUCAUCUUCGCAAUUUCCCGAGCUCUCCGGCCCGGGGUCGGUGCAGAUUCAGAACCUUCCGCAAUACAUGAACCUCGUUUCUGGGGACGACCAGAGCCCAGGUUUGUUCUCGCGCACGAGGAGCAGCGGGAUCUUUUUCUCUUCCACUCUGCUCAACGCGGACGAUCGGUCGAAAAACAGCGUGAUUCAUAGGGAGUAUGGGGUAGAAGAUACGACGUUCGCGUUGCUGGUGCGGGACUUGGUCCUGCCCCUGCUCGAGCAGACCGUGACUGAUCAGAAGGAUUUACGAAACGCGGAGCGGGCGCAAACCGUGUCCAGAAAGCUGUUGCUGCAAAGGAGACUGCACGAAGACAACUGGGUGACGAAACUCGCUGCGUGCGCGAGGUCCGUGGAGCAGUUGUAUGAACUGUAAAAGUACCGUACUCGUAUAAAUGCAUUACAAAUUUCCGUAGCAUGAGGAAUAAAAUUUGUAAUGCUGAUUUGCCUCGGGAACAAGAUUUGCCUCGUGUACGCCGCGUCGAAAGGCUCCCUUCCGUACGGAGCGCCCCGAACCCGUUUUAGCGCACCUCUGUGAUGGCCUUACUGUUGCAAGAAGUUAGAUCAGUUUGUAGAGCCCAAUCUGUUUAUGCUAGCAGAGGGCUAGUGCGCUGUAGACCCCCAGGACCAGGUAGACUCAGUCCCGACCGAAGUGGUAGGCGCUUAGGGUGAACUAUGUAUGUAGCGCUUAGGGCCCUUCCGUUCGGCCAAUUUGUAUGUCCCGCAACGGGGUUCGCCUAUGUCGGUCCUUUGUAUGUGAGGCGAUGGGUUACCCGGUCGGCAGAGCCGAUCCACAACGAGCGAACAUUUGCAUUUAUACGAGUGCGAUACUUUUGCACAGGACAAGUUGCUGUUGCUGUUGACGAUGGUCCUGAAACUCCAAGCGCGAACGGAAAACGUUCGGAAAAAAGGGAAGGCUGCGGUGGUGGAAAGCUCGAGCAUGGUGGAAUCCCUGACCAAGAACAUGGCGGAGACAGACGCCAUCGUGAAGAAAUUGAGCCUCAGCCAGGCGGAUUUGGAGCGACGGAGAAAAGAGGUACUAAGUGGGAGGAGAUGAUAAGGCUGUGUCUAUCCAAAAAUGUGUACCUAGAUUGAUAUAGCCGUUCUGUAUCAUGCUCCUGAUGUAGAUGUCACUCAUGAUGAAGAUCCAGCACAUAAAAAUGCGAUGAAUCCCACUUUUCUUUAUUGUACAAACAAAAUCCAGGUCGUCAACGACAUUCAUGACCAGGGCACGGCCGCGAUAGCGAAGCUGGACGAGCUGCGCACGCAGCGAAUACAACUCGACUCCGAAAAAAAGCAACUUCUACAGCGUUUAGAGGAGAUCGACUUGAAGCUGGCUUUCCUCGACACGGAAGAAAAGUCCCUCGCCCUCCAGGUUUCCAAGCAGUCCGGCCAGGAGAACUACAUUGCGCAAUCUUUCACGCAGCAAAUCGACGAGGCGAUGGAGAAGCUGAUCGCGAAAACCGAUCAGAAGAUGGUGCAGUGCAACCUACUCGCCUUGGUCCACCAGGCGAAAGACCACUUUUCGCACGUGCACGGGAGUGAUUUGGAGGGGUUGAAGAACCGGAUCGCAGUGAAAAGGCGGCAGUUAUACAGGCAGUUAGUGCAGUUUCUCGACUUCACCACGAAAGAACUGUUCCCCGCAGCGGCGCAAAUUUCGCAAGCGCGGGGCGGGGAAGAGCUGCUUGGUCUGUCAGCGAACAAGACAGUCAGUCAGAAAUUCGUUGCCGCAACCGUCGAUAAGGUGUUUGCGCAGGUCACCGCAGUUCUAGGGCAGGUUGGGCUCGCGGAAAAAGUCGCCGUGACCACGGGCGCAGUACAACUAGAGGGCAUAAAUUUGACUUCUCGUCACCAGGCCGGUUCUACUCCGAAGGAAGUGAAUCUGCAGCCGGAUCAUGUUGAUUACGAGGUAGACAAGGACAUCAACAAAGCCGCUUCAAUACUUGUACCGCCAUACUGAGUGGAAAAUUUCACAAAUACAAAUAUCUGCAAAAAUUGGUCCUUAGAGGCUUCAGGGCUGCUGGGAGGGGGUCCAGGGUCUGCGAAACGCAACGCCGGUGAGUCGAACAGCAGCACAGCAACAGCGCGCGGCGUUCUUCUGUCCGGCAAGGUCCGGAGGGUUUGGCGUCGCUGGAAGCCAUACCGGACGACCACGAGCAUGCAUAUACUUCAACAACAAAAUCAGAAGGCUGCUGCCUUUCCUUUUCGUCGAGUCCGCCGAUGCGGUUUGUCGUUUAGCUCGUGAUUGGAGCAAAAAAACGCUAUUCCCACUCGGAAACUUUUCACAAAUGAACAGACCCGACCCCUCCGGAGACCCCAAGAUCUGGGGCCCUUCGGAACAGCCAAAUUCCCAAUUCCCGCUUGGAAACUUUCCACAAAUGAAAAGGCAGGGGGGUCCGGCGACCCCUGCCGGAGAAGUCGCCCGCGAGCAUUUUUCUGCGUCAUUUUGAUGCGAUUUUCGCCUUUCGGCGAUUCGCCGCGGCCUAUUACUGCCUCCGCAUGCGCCGCAUGGCGCCGGAAUUCCGGGCACCCUGGCGCGGCCCCAAGAGCCCUAGUGCCGCCCUGCUAGGCGGCCCGCGCUGGUGCGACUUUGGUCGGGUUAAAUGGCGACCGCCUGAGAUGAAUGCUCUGGCGCCCCUCCCAAGGAUGCCCGACAGGGCCUGAAUUGCUGAAAAGCAUAACACUGAGCGCCUGCUUCUCUGCAGUUUUGUCCUUUAAGCAUCAAUUUUUGCAGAUAUUUGUAUUUGUGAAAUUUUCCCCUUAGUACGCCACCAGCCAGGACUACACCCACAGGCACCGGCGGUACGAAAGCGAACGCCAUUUUGGCUUGGAACGAUGACGACAGCUCGGCGUCUGAACCCGCAUCACCCGCGGAACAAAUAGUACAACAUCAUGCACGCCAAGACAACUCGAGCUCGAACUCCUGUAGCACGCCAGUACUGAGGGAAGAUCCCGUAAGAAAAUCCCUCCGUCACCACCUGUACCAGGAUAGCGGGUUUCUGCAGGAGUUGUUCACCAAACUGCGGGAGAAAACGGACAAUCACAAGUGCGCGGACUGCACCAGGAUGGACAGUUCGGUGUCCUGGGCGAGCCUGACGCACGGCGUCUUUCUCUGCCUCAAUUGCGCGGGCGUGCACCGGUCGCUGGGGGUGCACACCAGUUUCGUACGCUCGAUCACGAUGGACAAGUGGUCCUGGCAGGAUUUGGCGAGGAUGGUCUGCGCGGCGAAGCUGCAGGUUGCAACAGGACCAGGUCGUGCGUCGACCGGGAGCGCCGCUGCUUUUAGUACAACGAUGUUGAGAUCCGGCGGCCCCACGACUGAAGAUGAAGAUGAACAAAGCGUCGAUGCGUUCUUGCAAGAUGUGAUUGCAGCGGCGUCUGAAAACUACACUGCGGACCAAGAAAACACUAAGGGUGCGAAAGCGUUGAAGCGGUUUGGAAUCGCACUCAGUGCACUUUCUUCGUCGAAUAAAGGGACGAAUUCCUAUCUGCAGUCGUCUUCGGCGGACGUUGGUACAACGGCGAGCGAAAAUCUUCCAAACAAGCCUACUAGUAAAACCCUCGGGAAGAAAUACACCUCGAUCCGGGCAACUUUCCUUCGAAGGCUGUUGGACCUGUUACAGGCAGAUUUUAUCGACAAACACCACAGGGCACCUGCUGCACCAGGUGGGCAACACCAACACGCCACUGUUGAUCACCACGCUUUGUCCACGGAGUUCUGGAAGGCCCAGGUGAGGGCAAUCCCUGCGCCGGAGGAUGCCGUUCAGGUGAAGCAGGAACUGUUGCGCGAGCUAGCGUGUCGUCCGGACCCUUUGGACCUCCAAGAAAUCGCUUUGUCGAUCCUGGAUCAAGUGGCGGAGUCGGACCACGAGGGAGCAGAGCAGCUGUUGCUUGCGACGGAGAGGCUUGCAACGGAGAGCGCCAACCAAGAAACGGAGACCGGGUGGGAGGAGGUCUUGACGGCGCUGGCCGCGUUCAGAAGUGCAGCCGGGGGAGGUGCUGGCUGA